ACCGAACAGAAAUGGCGCCUCUUCAGACAUGGACGGUCGAUAAGCCGUACCUCAACAUCCACUGCGGCCUGGGCGAAGGACCAUACUACGAAAGGGCGGCCAACAUCCUCCGCUUCGUCGACAUCAAGAAGAAGAGGGUCCACUUUGUCAACCUCGAGCAAGGGCCCGAGUCCCUGCGGACGGUGCAGCUCGAUGUGCCCGUCGGCGUGACGGCCGACGUCGAGGGUGUCGACCCGGCCGACAAGAUCCUGGUCGGCCUCAAGUACGGCAUCGCCGUGCUCGACGUCCGGUCGGGCGAGUACGAGUACGUCGCCAAGCUGCACGACCGGCACAAUGAGAGGCUGCGGUCCAACGACGGCGCCGUCGACCCCAACGGACGGUUUUGGCUUGGUACCAUGACGGAUUUCGGGCUGGGUGAUUUCCAGGUUGAAGGCGCACUGCACCGCUUCAACGGAAAGUCGGGCAACGAGCAAGUCCUCCAGGACAUCCUGAUCCCCAACUCGGUGGGAUGGUCCCCGGACAACAAGACAAUGUACUUUACGCACUCCACCGACCGUAAAGUCUACGCGUGGGACUACUCUGUCGCCGACGGCGGCGCGCUCUCCAACAAGCGCGUCUUCUACACCCACGACGGCAAAGGCGAGCCCGACGGCUUCCGCGUCGACACGGAGGGCAACCUGUGGCACGCCGUCUACGGCGAGGGUCGCGUGCUCAAGAUCUCGCCCCAGGGUCAGCUCCUUGGCGAGGUGCGCGUGCCGACGCUGGCGACGAGCUGCGUGCAGUUCGUCGGGACCGAGCUCUUCAUCACGACGGCGCAGCUUGGCGAGAACGAGGGGACCGAGGAGCAGAGGGAGCUUGGGGGCGCGUUGUUCCGCGUCGAUGUUGGCGCCAGGGGUCUGGAGCCGUUUGAGUUUAAGCUCUGAUGGGGGGUUUUUCCCGGGGAGGGGGAGAUGGAUCCGGGCUUUGGAUUGAGGGUUCAACAUGGGUUUGGGGUAAAGUAGCGCGUAUCGUGGUUGAGGUCGUGGUCUUGUUUCAUGGGUUCAUGGCCGCGAUUUCCACGGAUGGGGUCUGAUGAGCAUGGGGGCAUGUGUCACGUAGCUGCAUCAGAUACGAAGCGCGUUCUUCACGAUACCCUCACAAUGGAACACGAGCUAUGAUACUUGGGGUCUUGGAAGGACUGGAUGGAUGAAUGGCCAGGGUUUCUGAGUCCGUACCCCAAAGGGAACUAGGCAGGCAAUAGGGUG